UAUACUUUUAUCCCCUUUCUUCAAGGAAGGAAGAAGUCCUCUACUUGCAAGGAUAAGGGCUCCACUCCGCAUAGUCUCCAGUUUCCUUCUAUAUAUAAGGAGACACGUUCUUACAAGAAAAGAACUCUGCUGUAAGAGAAGAACCCAUCAAGGCUAGCUGCAGUAGUUUACCAUGGGGAGAACAAGAAAAAUUCCAAUGGCGAAGCGAGAAAAGCAGAGCAAAGGUCUGUUACUUUUACUAAAAGACGUCAAGGUCUUUUCAACAAAGCAGCAGAUUUGUGCAGGAUUUGUGAUGCUCAAAUUGCCAUUAUGGUCUCCUCAACUGGGUCCAAAGAAAAAAUUUAUACCUUUGGCCACUCUUCCAUUGAUGCUGUCUUCGACAGGUUCCUCGACAAUUUUACAGCAGCCCCGGAAGCGGUAGCAUACGAAGCAGGAAUCAAGUCAGCCAGUAAUUCCCUCUAUGAAGAAAUCAAGGCAUUGGAGGGUGAUGUUAAUACUCUAAUGCAAAACAAGAAGAGAAACGUUGGAGGGGUUUUAUGGGAUUCUUUAGAGGAGAUUGAGCAGUCUAGUACUUCAGUUGAAGAGUUACAGGAUGUUGUAGAUAUCCUGGAAAGUUUGUUGGGUCAGGCCAAGAAUAAGCUGAUGAAUAACGCAACUGAGAAUCUUGGUAUAAGCAUAGCUGUUGAGCCAAAGUGUAAUGAUUUUUUGGCUUUAGAGCCUAAACCCCGAGAUGAUUCUUCAUCUAGCUUGGGUGGUGAUCAAAUCGGUCAGAAUUCUGCCAUUGUAGGAGAUAAUGGUGCUAAUUAUUCUGAUUCAUAUUGGAAUGCUGAUGGUUCAACUACUGAUAAUGGUAUGGAAUUUCCAGUCGAAUUCGAUGUGGAUCUUAUAUGGAAUCUCCUUGAGUCUUCUGAUUUCAGCUCGUGUUCUGACAAAGUUAUUUCCAUUAACAACAGUAGUGACUGCACUACUUCAGCGACUGCCUCUGAAUCAACUUCAGGCUAUUGUUUGACUGAUCAGCUGCGACUUCCAUUGCUCACUGCAGGUGCGAAUCAGUUUGAAGAUUGGACAAACUAUUAUCAAUGUUGAUUUUUUUUUUGAGAAUUGCAACUGUCAAUCAUCAUUGAUAGUUGCAACGUACUAUUCAGGAUUCUUUGUAAGUUGUUAACCAUGUUUGGGGAAGUUUA